AUGUCUUUAAAAUCGAGCCCCUUGUUGCUUUUACGAUGGUUCAUCGUUUUAAAUAUUAUGAUAGUGCAAGCAGAUAACAGGGUAUCGUCGUACUUAGGUGCUCGUUGCAAAGCUAAAAGCGACUGUGGCGUCCCCAACUCACACUGCGAAAGAGGCGUGUGCGCAUGUCAACCUUACUUUGCACAAGCUGACAACUCUACCUGUCUUGAAUCGACUCUUUUAGGAUCAGAAUGCACGGUAUCGGAGCAGUGCACGUUAAAAGUGGCAUACAGUGCCUGUCUCGAAGGUGUCUGCCGAUGUACCGAUGGCCAUCUGCAGUUCAGGAAGCACACCUGUCUCUCACCUGCACCGCCCGGUCACGUCUGCUACAGCAACGAACAUUGUCGUUUAUGGGACAAGGAGAGCCGUUGUGAAUUCGUCAUACUUAAUCUGUUCGGUAGAUGCGCGUGUAACAGCUAUUUUAAACAAAUCGGAGACAAGUGUGUAGCGCAGAAAAUUCCACCUUAUGCCACUGAAGCUGUCGUUGCGGAAAUGGACGCUGUAGUUGCUCCAUCAAACGCAACAGUAACAUACAAAGAUCAAAUACCUAAUCCAACCGUACAACUGACAGCAAGUUCAGUAAACUCUUUCGGAUCUCCAUUAUCCGUAAUUAGUUCUGACGAUAUUCAGCCAAGCAAAUUGCCAAUGUAUACAAACAAAAAUGAUGUGUUCAGCACUGACGAAGAUAGCCCAUUGAUGCAAGCUGUCAUGAAAGUGCCGAGUGUUGAACCGACAAAACGAUUACCCGUCUCGAAUAGAAAAGAUGGCGAACCAAAUGAGACGAUUAGGGUAGACGAAAUGACAGCUAAUUUGCAUGCAAAUGAUCAGCCAAUUUACAGGGUUGUGACACAGCCAUCUGUAGAAAAGAAAACUAACAAAAAGGGUAGUGCGUCAAAGGAAAGUAAUUCAAGCGGGAAACCUCACAAGGGUGGACAUCAAAAGAAAUCUUCUCUGAAGGACAAGCAUCGUAUACGCACGGAUACGCCAGUCUACGACCUUGGCCCUGCAUCUCUCGGAAUGCCGUGCCUUACGGAUCCGCAAUGCCAACAAGUGGAUCCAUACACGCGAUGCCUCAACAAGAAAUGUGACUGCACGUACCGAACUAAUUCUACUUCAGCUUGCUCGGCUCGUAAUAGAGGCUGCCUACCAAACACGUUCCAAUGUCGAUCAACGGGAACUUGUAUAAGUUGGUACUUUGUCUGCGAUGGACGCAAGGAUUGCCCCGAUGGCUCGGAUGAGAAAUGUGAAGGUACUGGUAAAGAAUUAACAGGGGAACGGUGUCCAACAAACUCAUUCAGAUGUGGGGGACCUGGGUCUCCUUGUGUGUCUCGAGCAUCCAGGUGUGAUGGUACUCCUCAGUGCCCAGGAGGAGAAGACGAGAAGAACUGCCGAGCGACACGACGUAAAGGCUGUCCACGUCACACAUUCCGUUGCGGUUCAGGGGAAUGUCUACCUGAGUAUGAGUUCUGCAAUGCAAUUAUAUCCUGCAAAGACGCUUCUGAUGAACCACCACAUCUUUGCAAUGAACAAUCGAGAUGGCGUGCGGCUGACUUUUGUCCGUUCCGUUGCGGGAAUGGCCGAUGUAGGAGCACGGCUGUUGCUUGCUCGGGACGCGACGGAUGUGGAGAUAAUAGUGAUGAAAUUGCCUGCAAUGUCUGCAGAUGUCCCGCCCCACCGCAGCCUUGA